UCCCACCCUGCCGGGUCACACCGCGGUAGGGGCGGAAGCGGCGCGGCCGCGCGGGUGCUGCGGUCCUGCGCGCAGCUCAGAGGGGCGCGGACAGCCCGGGCAGCGCGCACCGCCUGGCUGGCGCUGCGAGAUUUUUUACUAUAAUGGCAACUCCCCGUGGGAGGUCAAAGAAAAGAACAGCUUUUGAUGGUUCUCCUGAUAGCCUGCCUUUGAGGAGCUCCGGCAGGCAGGCAAAGAAGAAAGCAACUGAAACAGUAGAUGAGGACGAAGAUGGAGUGUCAGAGAAGAAGUACAGGAAGUGCGAGAAGGCGGGCUGUACAGCGACCUGUCCUGUGUGCUUCGCAAGUGCCUCUGAAAGAUGUGCCAAAAAUGGUUACACAUCCCGAUGGUAUCACCUUUCCUGUGGAGAGCAUUUCUGUAAUGAGUGCUUUGACCAUUAUUACAGAAGCCAUAAAGAUGGAUAUGAUAAGUAUACUACCUGGAAAAAAAUAUGGACCAGCAAUGGCAAAACUGAACCUAGCCCCAAAGCAUUCAUGGCAGACCAGCAGCUCCCCUACUGGGUUCAGUGUACAGAACCCGAGUGUGGUAAGUGGAGGCAGCUUACCAAGGAAAUCCAGCUCACUCCACAGGUAGCCAAGACAUAUCGAUGUGGUAUGAAACCAAAUGCUGCUGUUAAGCCUGAGACCUCAGAUCAUUGUUCCCUCCCCGAAGAUCUAAGAGUGUCGGAAGUUUCCAACCACUGGUGGUACUCCAUGCUCAUCCUACCUCCUCUGCUGAAAGACAGUGUGGCAGCACCUCUGCUCUCUGCCUACUACCCUGACUGCGUUGGCAUGAGCCCUUCCUGCACCAGCACGAACCGUGCUGCCACUGCUGGUGAUGCCAGCCCAGGGAAGCUGGAACCAUCCAAGAUGGCUCCCUCUGCGCUUGUUCCAGGCAUGAACCGGUACUUUCAGCCUUUCUACCAGCCCAACGAAUGUGGCAAAGCCCUGUGUGUGAGGCCCGACGUGAUGGAGCUGGACGAGCUCUAUGAGUUCCCAGAGUACUCCCGGGACCCCACCAUGUACCUGGCUUUGAGGAACCUCAUCCUGGCCCUGUGGUACACGAACUGCAAAGAAGCCCUUACUCCUCAGAAAUGCAUCCCUCACAUCAUCGUCCGGGGUCUCGUCCGCAUCCGGUGCGUCCAGGAAGUGGAGAGGAUACUGUAUUUUAUGACGAGGAAAGGUCUCAUCAACACAGGAGUUCUCACCGUGGCGGCCGACCAGUAUCUCCUCCCUAAAGACUACCACAAUAAAUCGGUUGUCAUUGUUGGGGCUGGUCCAGCAGGGUUAGCAGCUGCUAGGCAACUGCAUAACUUUGGAAUUAAGGUGACUGUCCUGGAAGCCAAAGACAGAAUUGGAGGCCGAGUAUGGGAUGAUAAAUCUUUUAAAGGUGUCACAGUGGGAAGAGGACCUCAGAUUGUCAAUGGCUGUAUUAAUAACCCAGUAGCACUAAUGUGUGAGCAACUUGGCAUCAGCAUGCAUAAGUUUGGAGAAAGAUGUGACUUAAUUCAGGAAGGUGGAAGAAUAACUGACCCCACUAUUGACAAGCGCAUGGAUUUUCAUUUUAAUGCUCUCUUGGAUGUUGUCUCUGAGUGGAGGAAGGAUAAGACUCAGCUCCAAGAUGUCCCUUUAGGAGAGAAAAUUGAGGAGAUCUACAGAGCUUUCAUUAAGGAGUCUGGUAUCCAGUUCAGCGAGCUGGAAGGACAGGUGCUGCAGUUCCACCUCAGCAACCUGGAGUACGCCUGUGGCAGCAACCUCCACCAGGUGUCUGCUCGUUCCUGGGACCACAAUGAGUUCUUUGCCCAGUUUGCCGGUGAUCAUACUCUCCUGAGUUCCGGGUACUCUGCAAUCAUUGACAAGCUGGCUGAAGGGCUAGACAUUCGGCUCAACUCUCCAGUGCAAAGCAUUGAUUACACUGGCGAUGACGUGCAGGUCACCACGACAGACGGCACUGGGUUCUCUGCGCAGAAGGUAUUAGUCACUGUCCCACUGGCCAUACUGCAGAAGGGUGCCAUUCAGUUUAAUCCACCGUUGUCAGAGAAGAAGAUGAAGGCUAUCAACAGCUUAGGUGCAGGCAUCAUUGAAAAGAUCGCCUUGCAGUUUCCGUAUAGAUUUUGGGACAGUAAAGUUCAAGGGGCUGACUUUUUUGGUCAUGUUCCUCCCAGUGCCAGCCAGCGAGGGCUCUUUGCCGUGUACUACGACAUGGACCCCCAGAAGCAGCAGAGCGUGCUGAUGUCGGUGAUCGCGGGGGAGGCGGUGGCAUCCGUGAGGACGCUGGGUGACAAGCAGGUGCUGCAGCGAUGCAUGGCCACCCUCCGGGAGCUGUUCAAGGAGCAGGAGGUCCCAGAUCCCACUAAGUAUUUUGUCACUCGAUGGAGCACAGAGCCAUGGAUCCAGAUGGCAUACAGUUUCGUGAAGACAUUUGGAAGUGGUGAGGCCUAUGAUAUCAUUGCUGAAGAAAUACAAGGAACAGUCUUUUUUGCAGGCGAGGCAACAAACAGGCAUUUUCCACAAACUGUUACAGGGGCAUAUUUGAGUGGUGUUCGAGAAGCAAGCAAGAUUGCAGCCUUUUAAAGAGAAUUUGUCUGGACCCUGCUUUCUUUCUGCUUUCCCAAAUGGGGAAACACAUGUUAAACCUCAAUUUUGUAAGGGAGAGUUCAUGAUAGCAAAGUUGAAAUGUUUGUAAGGUGAUAAAAAUGCAAACCCAUGCCACCACUCUGAAAGCAUGAGUCCCUCCAAAUGCUUAUGAGCACUUAUAUUUAAUUGCAUUUUCUAUAGGUCCAACUAGUGCUGUGUCUUCUGGGUUUCAGAAUAAGGCAGAACAUAACCUUAAGUUGAGGCCUUGGGUAUGGUCCUUCCAUGACUGGAGUUUCCCUUCAGAUUUGACACUUUCGUGGUUGAUCAGUUUUCUUACAUUGUGAAACCAAGUUAAAUAAGCAGGAACCAUCAACAUACCAGAUAAAGCCAUGUGUUUUCCUUCUGUGAAAAUUUAUCAGUAUCUUUACCAAUGAGCCUUAAUAUUUUUAUAUAGAUCCAAUAUCAAACUUAAAAUUGAGAAGUUUUUGAUACAUUCUCACCAGUUGAAGGUAAAAUGAAGCUUCUAUUUUAUAACAUACACAUUUCUCCCCAUUAAGUAUUUAAAAAAUUGUUAUCUUUUGAGAUAUUUUAGGUUUGUACAAUCAUUGGCAAAAAAAAUCUCAAUCCCUUAAAGAGUAGGUAUUGUUUCAUUGAGAAUGGGGUGCAGAGUGUGAUCUUCAAGCUAUGACAGAAUAUAACUUUUUCUUCAAGUGUGCUACACAUUCAAAUUUGGUGUUCAGUAACCUUAAUUUUGGCAACCACUAGGCCAAAAGAUCUUGUUAGAAUGAAACCCCCCCUUUGCUUUUUGUAAUAACUGAUUCAGCAUCUAGGAAUAUUUUUUGUAUAAUUAUGUUCAGUUUUCCAUAGGCAGGUCCACUGGAAAACUGCAAAAAAAUGUGAGUUGUCCUGAUAAACAUUGCAUUUUAUAAGCCAUAGCUUAAAAGCCUAAAACAUGGCAAGCAUUUACUUUUUCCACUUAAGAAUUGUUUAACAAACACUGGUUUUCAGGGUCUUCAAGAUGCCUAUUUUGUUAAGAAACUUCAGUUUACAGGUUAGAAAUAAGCUCUUAUUUAAAAGUUUUUGAACAACUCUUUAAAUUACAUUGGUUAGCUUUUAAAGGGGGGAGGCUAAAAAAAUACCUUAAAGCCACUUUCCGAAAUAUUAGGAAUUUUUGAAAUUCAAAAUCAGCUUGUAAGUAACUUAUGCAAACAGUGUACAGUGAACUUCAGACAGACACCACUCCUUCCCCAUCCAAGUAUGAUGCAAAAGCAAAGAACUGUUAUGUUUCACAAGUAAAAGGUAUUCAGGUUGUUGAGACUCAUUGGUACUGAUUAGGAGGUAUUCUGCUUUAAAGUAUUGUUUUAAAUGUUUAAACAGCAUGCAUUGUUAAGUGAUAAAUGCAAAAUGUUAAGUUUGAAAUGGUUCACAGUAAAUUAUUACUAAAUUUCUGGGCACUUAAGUCUACUGUGCCACAAGUAGGAAAAACCCUAUUAAAGGAUGGCAAAUGUGUAUUUAAAAUACUGUUUUUGUGUCUUACAUAACCUAUAUAUUUGAUUUGACAUUUUGUUGAAGGCAGUGUGGUACUUUAUUUACUUUUUCAAUGUUGUCUGAAGAUUUUGUAAUUGAGUAGCAGCAAAUACACAUUUACAGUGAUUUAACUGCAGAUCAUGUAUAGCUGGCUGUGUAAAACUGCUUAAUAAAACUAGACUUUUUCAAAUA